AUGCAGAACAUGUACGGAAGCCACCCUCACACGCCGCGAACCCCAGGCACUCCCAACACGCCUGGGUCGGCCUCCAACAUGCCUAGCUACCAGCAGCAGCAGACCUCUCAGCCUCAGAACCGAGGUGGUAUCUACUCAAUGGCGCCGAACCAAUACCCUCCUCCUCAGGGCUAUGGCACUUCUGCCAUGAUGCCCCAGGCGACCACUGCUGCUUCUCACCCUCAGCCCAUUGCGCCCGCCCCUGCUGGUGGUCGCGGUCCUCCUGUGUUGCGCCCUAUGCCUCCUGGUGGCAUCAUGUCUCAACCUGGUGUUUCUUCUCCUUACGGUCCUGCUUCUCUUAUGCAGCCUCAGUCGGUUAUGCCUGAGGGCGAGCCUCCUACUCACGUUGUUGGCUCCCAGGGACGACGCGGUAUCCUGCCCAGUGCUCCUGGCCGACCCGCUGCCCCAGCUGCCGGCACUGGCACCAAGAACACUGUGAUUCCCGUGAAGGACGCUGAUGGCAAAUUCCCUUGCCCUCACUGCACAAAGACAUACCUCCAUGCUAAGCAUCUCAAGCGCCAUCUCCUGCGACACACCGGUGAUCGCCCAUACAUGUGCGUUCUCUGCCGCGACACCUUCUCUCGAAGUGAUAUCCUGAAGCGUCACUUCCAAAAGUGCUCUAUCCGCCGUGGCAACCCCACUGGAGCGAGUCACUUGUCGCAUCCUCAGGCUCACGUCAAGAAGAACCAACAGGCUCAGAAGGCCGCCGGUCUUGCUCACGAGGGUGAUCUCAACCAUCUCAAUGGCUUGAGCAACCUCCCUGGUGACAACAUGGUCCACCCCUUUGGCAUGGUUCCAGUCAACGACGGCAUGAACAACAUGGCCCAGGAUCAGAGCCAACUCUCUCGAUCCAGCUCGCUCGGCCGUCUCGACAACGGUAACAACGCUGACAGACGGAACAUGAACGGUCAGGUCAUGGGUGCUUCUCAGCCCUACGGUGCUGACCCCAACAUGAACCAGCAGCAGAUGACUGGCUACAGCAUGCCUCCCGCUCAGAACGGAAUGCCCAUGUACGGUGGCUCAAACACAAACCCUCCAUCGGGCCUUGAUUGGUCUCAGAUGUUCCAGGCUGGUGCGCAUCAAACCUACAACAACAACUCUUUCAAUCCUAAUCUUGGACAGACGCAGAUCGGAAUCAAAACCGAACCUAAUUCCGGGCCCGGAACGACAGGCGAUAGCGCCAGCGAUACCCUUUUGUCGAACUUGGGAAUGCAUUCUCACCAAACUCCAUACAACCUACUUUCUGAUCAGAUCCUUAAUUUCUUCUAUCCUCCUAAUCAAGCCAUCGAUCCCUCGAGCGCAGGCAUGAACCUCUAUUUCUCACCCGACAACGUCAAAGACUUCUUGGACAAGUACACUCAUUUUCACAUCCAUAUGCCCUUCAUUCACGUCUCCACCUUCAAGGUUAUGGAGGCAUAUACUGGCUUACUAGCAGGCAUGUGUUGUAUAGGCGCCUGUUACUCAGACAAUGUCACCUCGUCUAAUGUUCGCGAAAUGAUGGAUUUUCUCGUCGUCGCCCUCCAACGCGACUGCAAGAUGAUGUCUAAUGCUGAACUACAGACAAACCAACCGGGACACGCGUCUCGGGCUGACAUUGAAGAAUUGCAGGCUGUCUUGUUAACAUGUGUUUUAUUGCUUUGGAACGGAAACCCGCAGCAGAGAGAGCGUGCACGACAAAUCUAUCCUGCUCUGGCGAGUAACGCUCGUCGGCUGGGUCUCUUCCGGUCAUCUUCUGACCCUGCCAACAUGUCUCACUUGCAUCAAAUAAACUUUGACCGCAAUUCAUUUGACAUUCAGCAGUGGAACUGGGACAGCUGGAUUGACCAGGAGCGCAGGAAUCGCUUGAUGUUCGGCGUCUUUUUGAUGGACGUGGCGAUGGGACUUUACUUCAACUCUCAACCUUUGUUUGAUGUCAUGGAAAUCCACCUACCUUUGCCUUGCGACGACGUGGCCUGGGAUGCCGAUAAGGCUGAGGACUGUGCUGCCGCACUUGGUCUUCACGGGCCCGACGUUGCUUCGCAAAAGAAUCCAUACGGCACUCAACGAGCAAAGCAACCAGAGAUGGACUGGGCUCUCAAGGCUCUUCUGCACCCAUCUUAUCAGAUCCAACCUGGAAGCACGAACCUUUAUGGAAAGUUUGUUCUUAUCCACGGUAUCUUAGCUCUGAUUCGGCGGGCCCAGAUCGACGGGCAUGCGGCUCAAUUGUCCAAAUUUGGCACACCUCCUCCUAAUGAUUGGAUGACCCCAGCCGGCGGCAAUAGCGGACGGGGUACUCCAGUUGAGGGGGCGGCAGCCAACGUGGACCCACAGAGCCUGCAGGCACUUGUCAUCGCUUUGAGCAAAUUCAAGAGCAACUGGGAUGCGGACAUGGCCAAUCAAUUCCCACCGGUUGUGACAGGAUCCAGUAAUCCACGACGACACGGGUUCUCGAGAGAUGCCAUUCAUUUCUACUGGCUUUCCCACUACUUGCUGAAGCACACACAGACGUCUGACUUCCGGUUGGCUUCUGAUGCGCGCUUUGUGCAAAUCAUUCAAUUAUUGAAGUCAGUCAAAGCAUGGGUGAUGAACGAUGGCGCGAGCAGAGGAGAAGAAUUAGGAUCAGUCGGAGAAAUCGACGAACAGUAUGGAGCUAUGGAUCUCACGUUAGAGAUGGCAAAACUUUUCAAACCUCUUCCACAGGUGGUGGAAGACGCUGGCACUGCGUCUGUCAAGACGGAACUUGGUACAGGGACGGCAGUAUGA